CUUCAAUCAGCUCGUCCAUUCAAAUUCGUCAGUUGAAGUCCGAAGGCUAAGCUGAGAGCUUUGAAGUUGCAGGCUGGUGCAAAGUUUGUCAAGGCCCUUCCUCUUGAGUGCACGGGCGUGCCGCUGUUGCCAGCUGACCGGCAGCCACCAUGCCGAAGCGCAGCUCCAAAAGCAAGAGCAAGCGGCUCCCGCUGCGCAAGAAGUACAAGAUCCUGAAGAAAGUGAAGGACCACCACAAGAAGAAGGCCAAGGAGGCCAAGAUUCAGGAGAGGGGCAAGCAAAAAGUGCUCAAGGAUCCUGGAAUUCCUGCGCAAUGGCCGUUCAGAGAACAAGAGCUAGCGGCACUGGAGGCGAAGAGGGCGCGCACUCUGGAGGAGAUUGAGAGGAAGAAGCAGGAGAAGAAGGAGGCAAGGGCGGCAAAGAGAAAGGCCAGCACAAUGGACGUCGAUGACGCCGACGGAGAGGAUGAGGGACUCGCGGCGCUGGCCCAGCAGGCGGAGGCCAGGGAGCAGGACUUUGAGAGGCAGCGCAAGAAGAAGGCAAAGCUCGAGGGAGGUGGUCUCAACGACGGCUCUCGGCGCGCGUACUACAAGGAGUUCCUCAAGGUGGUGGAGGCCGCUGACGUCAUCAUCCAGGUGCUGGACGCGAGGGAUCCCCUCGGGAGCCGCUGCAAAGAGGUGGAGCGGCUUGUGCUUAAGAGCGGGGGCCUCAAGCGCAUGGUUCUGCUGCUGAAUAAGAUAGAUCUUGUUCCUCGGGAGGUGGCGGAGCAAUGGCUCAAGUACCUUCGAGAGGAGCUGCCCACCGUCGCCUUCAAAGCGUCAACGCAGUUACAGAAGGGCAACCUGGGCCAGAAGUCGCUCCCCUCAGCGACUUCGGGGGCGGGCGCUUUGCAAGGGAGUGAGAGCUUGGGAGCCGAUACGCUGCUGCAGCUGCUGAAGAACUAUUCGAGGAACCAGAACUUGAAAACGUCCAUCACGGUCGGCGUCGUCGGCUUCCCCAACGUCGGCAAGAGCAGCCUGAUCAACAGUCUGAAGCGCUCCAAGGUGGCCAAUGUCGGCGCGACACCUGGCGUCACGCGGUCGAUGCAGGAGAUCCAGCUGGACAAGAACGUCAAGCUGCUCGACUGUCCGGGGAUUGUGUUUAGUUCUGCGGUCGGGAACGAGGCCGCGGCCGCGCUGCGGAACGCCGUCAAAGUGGAGAAGCUGGAAGACCCCAUCUUGCCAGUCUCGGAGAUUCUGCGGCUGUGCCCCCCUGAGCAGCUGAUGUCCAUCUACAAGAUUGCCAAGUUCAAGGACGUCGAUGAGUUCCUGCGCGCAGUCGCUGCUUCCCGGGGGAAGCUAAAAAAGGGUGGCGUUCCUGACAUCACUGGAACGGCACGCGUCGUCCUGCACGACUGGAACGGGGGGGCGAUUCCCUACUACACGUCGCCCCCCAAGCGCGCUGCUGCUGACGUGGCGGACGCGGCAGUGGUGGCCGGGUGGGGCAAGGAGUUCGACGUGGAGGCGGUGUUUGCAAACGAGACGAGUACAGUGAUUGCGGGGCUGCCAUCGCUGCAAGAGGGAGAGUAUGCAAAGCUGCCCGCCGGACGACCCCCCCAAAUGGAGGGCGCGGAGGGGCUGCCAGAAAGCGAGGGAGAGGAGGAAGAAGAGGAGGAGCAGGCGACCACGAGCGAUAUGGACGACGAGGAACGGGUCGCCAAGGGGAGCACGUUCGAGCACGAGCACCGGGGGACCGCGUACCUGAACCAGACGCAAAUCCUCUACGAUGCGGAGGGCAUUUACAACCCGCACGCUGCCCGGGCCGCCCGGAAACAGAAAAAGAAGGCGGAGAAGCUGCCAGAGGACGACGGAAGCGACUACGACUUCGAAACGGACUACCGGCCGGCGGCUACAAACGGUGUUAGAAACGGAGCCAAGGCGGAAGAAGUAGAUGCGGAGGAAGAGAGCGCUGAGGAGGAGGGAAGCGAGGGGGAAGAAGAAAGCGAAGGGGAAGAGGGGAGCGGAGAGGAGGGGGAUGAGAUGGCCGAGUAGCGUCGGGUCAAGCGGACCAGGCAGAAACAGCUCGGACAUCCUUGAAGGGAAUAUGCGUAAAAAAUAAAAAAUAAAAAAUCUGUGUGCCAUACCCUGUGCCUGCCUGGCUGGCAGUACCGAGUAAAGACACUGGAUCAUGCCUUGAUGUGUUCAAUGGAUGUGGACGUAUGAGGUUUUGCUAC